AUGAACUCGACAGCAUCAACCUCAGCGAUCGAUCCGCACGGCCGCACCGUGUGGCCCGUUGACCAGCCGGAGGUACCGCCGCUCGUCGCUUUCGGUUACUUCAGUCUCAUCUCGUUAUUGGCAGGCUUCCUCGCCCUUCGGGGACGAUCGCUAUGGCUCAAGUUCAAUUUUGUUCAAUCUUUGUGUUUCCUCAUCCUGCUCGAUGCCUACGUUUUCGUAUAUUUCAUGGGCAUUCUCGUGCUCGGCAUUGGCACGUCGGCUUUCAAGCUUGGUUCGGGGACGAGUGCAGCUUGCGCGGUCGCAAUUUGGUGAGCAUGCCGUGGUGCUUCUGAGCAUGAAAACACGUACCACUUGAAUGACGGUGGAUUGACGUUCGCUAGGUGGUGUGUGCUCAUGUACUCGGCAGGCAAGAUGUUGAUCACCUUGUUCCUGAGUAAGUGGGAUUGCUUCCUCGUUGCAACUCCGAGCUGCCAGCGUUGACAGUCUCACUCGGCCCGGUCACAGUGGGACGAGUCCAUCUCGUGCACUCAAUCACCUACGAAUGCCACAUCUCGCGGUGGCACUCUUGGUGGUACUUGGCCGGAUGUGGCUUCCUCGUGCUUUGGGUCGUCGAGGCGGUGCUUUUGAUGCUCGGACGUUACCAUGAAAUUCGUCAAAACGACGGGGCCUGUCGUAUCGGGCUCAAGCUCUACUCGACGGCAACGGGGCUGGCGAUUGAUGUCUUGACCAACGUGCUCCUCACCGCGGCGUUCAUUAUCCCCGUCUAUCGAUCAAAGUUCUCGCGCGCCCGGCGACUAGCUCGGAAAAGCUGCAUGGCCGCCGUCGCAGCCCUCGCGCUCUCAACUCCCACACUGGCGCGAAUGGGGUCUGUCACCUAUGCUUCAGCAUCUAUUCGACGAUCACAGGUCUGGCGAUGGACGUCCUCCACAACGUUUACGGGCGCACGCCCCCACUAUCUCAUGGUGCGGGAAAGAGGAGAAUUUAAUAAUCCGUAA